UAUCACCGACAUAAGCACUGUAUAUUGUGCGGUGUUUUAAAUUAAAAAAAAAUCUUAAAUGAAAAAAGAACAGGGCGCCCGCUUUAAUGCUUUCGAUGUACCGCCCGUGCUGCCCACUCUGUGUAUGUGUGUGUGUGCGUGCGUGUGGAAUAGAAUACCAAACAAGAGACGAGGGUGCGUUUAUGGUGCGCGCUGCUGUUUGAAUGUGUUGGAGAUCGGCGAGUUUGCAUGCCGGUGUGAGUGUGUUGUGUUCUGUGCCUCUACUUGUAUGGGUGAAAUUUUCCCGCGCGUCCCCCCACAACAUGAAAAGCGGAAAAGUAUGUUCUUCGUUCGGGUAGUGGAUAAAGAGCGAUAGGCACGCACAGGAGAAAAAAAAACUGCGGAAAAACUUGGCGGCUGCGUUAGUGUAGCGUGUGUGGCUUGGUCAACGGUUGAGUCGGUAGGAAAAACUGGACGACAAACGGUGUCUUAUUCUGCUCCGCACACACGCUUUGAUGAGGAAAAGUUUAGACACGGCAUAAAGUCGGUGCUUAAUUUUCUUUUCCCACUGGGUUUAGUGCAUCAAGGGUAUCCCGGCGGGCCGAUGGUUGCUUUGAUUCGUGAAUGUCCUUUAGUGUGAAGCGCGCGCGAGAGAGCGAGAAAGUGAAAAUUAGUGCGCGAGUGUGUGUGUGCGUUUGUGUUAGUAGAUGAGUUGUGUUUAACACGUGCGUUAUUGAUGGUGUGUGUGUGUUUUUACUAGUAAAUUCACUGAAAUCAGCAGCAGCAUAGCAAGAAGACAUCGUUAGUGUCACAAAAUUGGAAAAUCCGUGAACCAAAAAUCCUUUUGUAGCGGGUAGUACAAACAGCCAAUUUUCUACCAGCGUAGCUAUCGGAAAAAACAGCAACCAUGGGAAACAUACACACCGUUGGACCUAACGAGGCCCUCAUCGUAUCAGGCGGUUGCUGUGGCUCCACGAAAAAGCGUACCAUUGUAGGUGGUUGGGCAUGGGCCUGGUGGUUAGUGACGGACGUACAGCGGCUCUCGCUCGAGGUGAUGACCCUCAAUCCGAUGUGCGAAAUGGUCGAAACGGCUCAGGGUGUCCCAUUGACCGUGACCGGUGUAGCACAGUGCAAAAUCAUGAAGAUGAUGAACGUCUAUUAUUUUCACCAUCAGGCCGACGAGCUGCUUGGUACGGCGAGCGAACAAUUUUUGGGCAAAUCUGUGAAGGAGAUCAAGAUGACAAUCCUGCAAACGCUCGAAGGUCACUUGCGAGCCAUUCUCGGAACGCUUACAGUCGAGGAGGUGUACAAAGACCGCGACCAGUUCGCGGCACUGGUGCGCGAGGUCGCGGCCCCUGACGUCGGCAGGAUGGGCAUCGAGAUAUUGUCCUUUACGAUCAAGGACGUGUACGACGAUGUCCAGUAUCUGCAGUCGCUCGGUAAGGCACAGACGGCGAGCGUCAAGCGCGACGCCGAUGCGGGUGUCGCCGAAGCUAAUCGUGACGCGGGUAUUCGGGAAGCGGAGUGCGAAAAGAGCGCAAUGGACGUGAAGUACUCAACCGACACGAAGAUCGAGGACAAUGCGCGCAUGUACAAGCUGCAGAAGGCAAACUUUGAUCAGGAAAUCAACACUGCGAAAGCUGAAUCGCAGCUCGCUUACGAACUGCAGGCAGCCAAGAUUCGUCAGCGCAUCCGUAACGAGGAAAUUCAGAUCGAUAUCGUCGAGCGCCGCAAGCAGAUCGAGAUCGAAACUCAGGAAAUCAAUCGAAAGGAGUGCGAACUGUCCGCCACGGUAAAGCUGCCAGCCGAGGCAGAGAGCUACCGCGUGCAAACGAUCGCCGAGGGUAAGCGCACGCAAACGGUCGAAACUGCCCGUGCGGAGGCAGAGCGCAUCAAGAAGAUCGGAUCGGCGGAAGCGUACGCCAUCGAACAGGUCGGAAAGGCGGAAGCGGAGCGGAUGCGCAUGAAGGCGAACGUGUACAAGAUGUACGGUGAUGCGGCCAUCAUGAAUAUCGUGCUUGAAUCACUGCCUAAGAUUGCGGCGGAAGUUGCGGCUCCGUUGGCAAAGACCGAAGAGAUCGUACUGAUCGGUGGUAACGAUCAAACGACGGGCGAUGUAACGCGUCUCGUUGGACAGCUGCCUCCAGCCAUCAAUGCCCUAACCGGAGUCGAUCUAUCGAAGGUGCUGGGAAAGAUACCCGGUGCAAAGGCAUAAUCAGCCCUUGACGGUGCUUCUUCGUAAUGUGUGAAGCCAUAUAAUAACGGACAUGCAGAUCUACGGACAACCACAGUUCAUCCUAGCGAACUUACACACUCUCAAUCAAACAGAGACCAGACGACCAGUUAGGAAGGGCGGAAGUAAAACGAACGAACUUUUUGAUUUCGGUACCGUACACAAAAUCGACCAGCCAAAACUAUUACUGUAAUCGAUCGAUAUUUCAAAUGAUAUUCUUAUCAAACAGGCACUAUUUUGCUACAUAAUUACUUUCUUAGUUCUGCUUCAUGGUUAUGGGUUAUUCGUUUUUCUUUGCGUUAAUUGUUAUUUAGUUAGCAGUGGACGAAGCCACUGUGGAACGCUUAGUUGUUGCGUUCGUUAAUCUUUACUUUUACGGCAAGUGGAAAAUAAUGUCAUUCUUCAUAGGACAAUGAUUAAUUGGCAUUUUGUGCAGCUUUUUGUACACCUAAAUGUUUAUUUUACAGAAUACUUACAUGUACAUAUGUGCAAUUGACAAAAGGUGGUUUCUUCUUUGUUGCGCUACAACCUCGGAGUUGUUGGCCUGCCAUUUCAGACUUCCUUGAUUUUAGUUACCUGAAUAUUCAGUUUUGCUGUUUUAUUACUAUUCCAUUAAAUCAGAAAGUAAUGCAUUGCUCCAACAGCCUUACUUAUCUCAAAUCACAUCCCUAGAUUAUCUUUAAUUACUGUUAAAUUAGUGGCAUUAUUUUCCAUUUUCCUAUUAUUGUUUCAUGUUUACUCAAGUUUAAAGUAAGUUUUUUUCUAUUACAUUCUGUAUAAGCUGCUAGCUAUAUUAGCAGUUACUUCAUAUAUCAAACUAUUGUUUUUGAUUUUCUUAGGAUAUGGGUUUCUUAUUAGCUAUAUGUUACACAUCACAUUUAUUGUAUUGUAUUACACUAACACGAAAGAUUUCCAUAGCAUCGAUUUAUAACACUUCGCAUUAUGAUCGUUCCACGUUGAAGAAAUUGUUCAGCCAGAAACGUUGUUAACAGCAAAAAAAAUAACAUUUCCUUCGUUAACUACUUAACCUAAUCUCACUUUAAUGCUUUUAUAUGUUCGAAAAAAUCUAAAAAAAAUAACCGAAAACACCAAAGCAAAGCAUUAUCUCCUUAUAACGAUCGAGGAAACACGUCAAUGAAACACGGGAAAAUGUCCUAAACCAACCACGAACAUCGCGAAGCAAAUUGGCAAUGCAACGGUUCGAAUACAUACGAAAAAAAAAACAAUAUGAGUUUUAGAUCUAAUUCUGAUGAUUAGUCGGACGUCAGGCAAAUGAAAAAGCAAAAACGUUUAGUACCAUUUAAAAUCACUUACGAGUGACCUUUUUAGGCGAAUUCAUUUUAAUUUUCUAGCUACAUUUUUAUAAAACGAUUUACGCGUAAAAUGGGUCAACGCCACUAAGAAAUAUCGACGCUGCACGGAACAAUAUUGUUUCUAAAUUGUACUCACUGUAGGACGCUUUUUUUCUUUCCUGUUUCCGGGUCAUGCUGUAGCGAACGCCUUCAUUUAGAGAUCAGUGCAACCGGUACAAUGUAACGCUCUAUGGCCGUAUUUAUCUUACUUAUCAAACUAAAACCAUUCAAACUGCUGUCCAAACCGGUUGCCUAUCAAUUUCUCAGUUGCUUUAAACGGUACCGGUAAAACAAUGAAUAGAGAUAAAAACAUAUUUACCAGGGCGAAUCGAUACUAAUACCCUGUAAAAGAAGAAGAACAAAAAAAACAACCCUACUUUCGUCCAGUGGUGGUAAACAGGAACAAAAGUACACGAAACACUACUUACAUCUGUAUAAAUCCAUUUUAUCCCAUGCAAGUAGCAAACGAAACACACCACAACCGAAAACAAACAAAAAACAAACCUCGAUCUAGACAAUGUAUAAUAUAUGAAAGGAAACAAAACCCCAAGGUAAAACAUUUUUCUUCUUCCACCCUUCGCAACAUUACAUCUAACGCGCUUCGUAAGAUUCCUAGCUCUUAAAGUCAAAAUUAUAUAGCGAUCCUUUGAGAAAAUUCGAAAAUCGCAAACACAAAUCGUACAUCCUUGCUGCCUGUUUCGCUUGAUUCAAUUUCUUCCUUUCUAGAAAAAAAAACAAAAGAACCCCGAUUAAGAACUAGUGGAACAAACUCACGUAACAAAGCGAAAACAAAAACAUUAGUAACAGAAGUAGCGAAGACAGAUGCGUAAAUAGGUUCUAUCGAAAACGUGUAGUAAAAGAAACUUGAAGCACUUGAAAACUUUAACAACAAACAACACAGACAAAGAGAAGAUAUUGUGUAUUGCAAAACAGGAAACAAAAAGUAGCAGCUAACAGUAGAAGAAAACACAAAAGAAGAAGAUGAAGUAACAAAGAGAAAACAAAACUUACACAGAAAAAGAAAAUCAGAAAAAGUGUAUAUUUUUUAUACUCCUUAUAUAAAGACGUGUUUAUUGAGUGAAGAAGACAAAGGGGUGAACAAAAACCGAGCUGGAAGCCAAUACAACAGACAAAAAGUAAAUAGCAAAACAAACAAUAAUAUAACAACAGCAAAAAACGCAAAAUUACACAAACGUGUAGGAUGAUUUGGGAUAGAACAUGAUAGAAAUGAUCGAUGUAGUUUGAUGAAUGGACGUACGACGUACUACACACACAAACAUAAACACAUACACAUUCAUCAUACAGUGCUUGACAAAGUAAAGUAAUGUAACAGAAGAAAGUAGCCAACAAUUACGAAAACAAACGAUAUAGCGUGUGCCGCUAGAAGUAAUUACAAAAUACGAACGUAUUCGUAUGGAAUGACGAAAUCGGCACACAGCUACAACCACAACAUCGCGAUGGAAGUUUGUUCUAUGAACGUUUUGUUUCCUUAUUUUGCACUAAAGGGCAAAAUUUUCUGUGCCGAAAUAUUUUGUACAACGAGUCACAUCCGAGAAAAGUGUGUACUCUUACGAUUGCAUUUACUGAGCCAAUAGCCAAAGCUCAAUAGGAUAUCUCAAUAGAAUAUUGUGUUCUCUCCUAAAAUUUUGUUUCACCUCUUAGUCAGAUUUCAUUUGCUAAGUAAUAAUGCGUAAAACGAAAACAUGAAACGAAAGUGCUUGUGUAAAAACCGAAAACAGUAAGCGAGAGCGCAAACGGCACCAGAGCAAACGUUAAAAAAAUGUUACCACAAAAAUAAAUGAAAAUAACAACAUAACAUGCAAACAAGAAAGGAAAAAGCGAACAUGCGUUCCCUUAAACACAAACAAAUAAGCAAACCAUUUGCGGUUCGAAAAACGUAAGAAGAGUAACAUCGUAAAAGUAGAUAAAUAUAGCAAAAAAAAAACAAAAGGACAACAUUAUGAACCACGUUCAAUGGGGGUUUGUGUAACAACAGCAACAAACAAAAAAUAGAAAAUCGAAAAAAAGCAUACUAAACAAACAAUGUUCUAACACAGUUUAUAUUACUUUUCACGCAAAAAUUAAUUGUAAUCUAGCACAUUAAGGGCACGCGAACCAAAAGGAAACAGAACAGAACAGAACAGGACCGAGUGUUGUUACUGAGCGUAAUUUAAAAAACAUUACAAGAGCAGAUCACUAGCGCGCACCGCCACCUCCUGUAUUCGCUCGUGUACUUGUGUACUCGUCAAAUCGUUUAUAUGUGUGUGAGCUGUCUAUUGUCUCGUUUGAUAAUUGAUCGUUUGUUUCUGCGUGUACGCAUGAUUGCUAUAAACAUUUAACUCUAAAUCACGUUACAAACACCCAAAACCGAUCGAACGAACUUAGCAGUUUCUUCCGUCUUUAAAACAUCCUGUUCUGCUGUGUCCCGUUUUUCAAGCAUACACACCGAACAGCGGCUAAUGAUCAUAACGCCCCUAAUAUAAGGGUCGCGCGAUUGUUUGUCCUUUCUUUCAUAUAAUAAAAUUGGUGACAACAUUUGGUAACAAAAAAUGUAUUGCACACACACAUACACUCACACAUACAACGUAAAUGCCUUUCAAUAGGUUAACAAAACCGAGAAUGAAAAGAAAAAGCACGAAAACAAAACGUCGUCAAGACGAGCAGGUCACACGUGCGUGCGUACAAAGUAAAGGAAAAAAAACCCCAAAAUUAUUCCCUACACAACAGCUAAACAACACUAUCUCUCUCCCUCUCUAUCGUUAGGCUAGAAGAAUGCUCCGUCUCAUUAGAAAUCUCGAACUAGUGUCAUGUAAUUAAUGCUUCGAGACAAAGGCGGCGUUAAUGUGUAUGCGCCUGUUCUGCGAUCGGCCACCACCAUACCCCUCCCAUAUGUACGUACCCUCUCUUGACGGUGACAGUUUGUUGAAUCAUACUAAUUUAAGCUGUGCGUGGAAUGCAUGAGAAGGUCCGUAAGGCAAUCGGUUUAUCGGCCAGUAAUGUAAAACCGCGAAACACUAUCGAACCGCCGGUCAGCCUGCCGGUGUGCAACAACCACGAACCAACAACAAACCACAGCCACACCAUUAGCCGACAACGCGUGUAUAUGAUGAUGAUGAUGUUUCUGAUUUCAAUAAAGUAUAACUGAAGCGAUCAAUAAAUGUAA